AUGUACUACAAGGCCUUGGAGAUGUUGGUCGCCGUUGUGGUGACCCUGAUGAGCAUUCGGGGUGUUGCUACUCAAACUUCGAAUGUCACUUGCGCGAGUUCUUUCGGUUGGGCGAAUAACUCGCUCAAUCAGACUCCUUGUACUGUCGCUUCUUAUUUGGAAGGAGUCUGCAACGGUGGAGAAUGGGAUAUUCCUGCUUUACCACCCAAUGAGCACUAUCUCGCCCCAUCCUUGAGCGAUGCCAAUAAUUGUCAAUGCAACUCUGUGGUUUACUCACUGAUCAGCGCCUGCGCAGCCUGUCAGAACCAGCUAUGGGUCUCCUGGGACACCUGGAGUACCAACUGCAGCGGCUAUGUUUACUUCAUGACGUAUCCGAAUAAUAUUCCCCAGGAAACUGUCGUCCCUGCAUGGGCAUAUCUGAAUGUCACUGCUGUUGGGGCUGGUACAUUCAGUAUCAACGCCUCAAUGCAGGAUUCAUCUGCUCCUGCAUCCUCAGCGACUUCGUCGCAGUCGACGCUUGGUCCAAUCUCCAAUCCCACGAACAUACCGUUAAGUUCUUCCAAGUCCUCAAGCUCCAAUACAGGCGCUAUCGCAGGUGGAGUGGUCGGAGGUGUAGUUGGCUUGGCCAUAAUAGUUGCAGGUGCCGUGUGGUUCAUGCGCCGUCGUGCCCGGAGCGCCGAUCGUUAUCUCCGUGAAAAACCAUCGUUUGAUUCUUCUCCCAUUGGACAAACCAUAUCUCCCUACAAUUUCAACGAGCCAGUACAAGGGUCUACUCAGGCCCUUCCAAAAGUUUACGAUCCCGACGACCCCAGCACGUUUCCUCAUUCGCCUGGUCCUUCGAUGACCUACACUACUAGUCCUUCUGGUUUGUUGGUGUCCUCUCCAAGAUCUCCACUCGACUUCCAAGCUAUGCGGCGUCCUGGUAAUUAUACCGGUGCCCCCGAAAUCUAA